GAAUACCUGAAACCGCGCACUUUCCAAAAGUGAAGGUCUUUUGUUGUAAUGAUAAGAACUUCAAAGAUUGAAUUAUUACCAAUGACGUGGAUGGACGACGUAUUAAAAUAUUAGCUUCCAGACUAAACUACCUCUGCACUUAGCAUAUUACAUUUGGCUUUCUAAAUAUACAUAUUAUAUGAUUGAAAGAAAUGACUAAUCUAGAAUCAUACAUAAAAGAAGUAGUUCGUAAAAUAUUGAUCUCUUCCGGUGAACCAUUCACUACAUCCGAUAUUAUUGUUGAUAUAAUCUAUGAGUACAUAUGUAGAACUGUCCAGCACAUUCGUAUGCAUUUAUCCACAAAUCUACCUGAUUUACGUGAUCUAUUAAUCCUGUACCGUGAUCACCCGAUUAGACUGACAAGAAUAGUAAAAUACUUCCGUACAAUCUCACAAAGUUCAUUUAUUAAAAUGGCUGAUAUAGAGGGUAUUGAUGAACAGUUGUCAUCAUUCGUUAAGGAUCAUUAUGAUAUGGAUGAUGAUGAUGAUGGCGAUUGUGAUGGUGAUGAAGACGACAACAAUAAUGAUACGGAGAAGGAGACAAACGGUGUUCGUGCUGGUGGGGGUGGUGGUGGUGGGGAUACAGUCCUACUACAAAAUUCUAAACUAGUCAACUCUCUUCUAUCCAAUGAAGAUACAAACUGGUUACGAUUAAACAAUCUACUCGAUCAAUUGUCAAUCCCAUCACCUUGUCAAUUUGAAUUAUUUUGGCAAAAAUUUAACCCGAGAUUAUUACAAAUUUAUGAAAAGAUAAAUCAAGGCAGAUCGUUACGCCUGUUGAGAAUUGAUUCGAAAUCGUGUUGUUCCACAGUUGAAGAAUUUCUCGCCUUUAGUCAAUUAAGACAAUCAGCUAGUUUUACAAGUAUAACAAGAUCACGGAAUUUUGAAAGAUUUUGGUAUUGGCUAUUCUAUUAUCCAUUGAAUGUGAAUAACAAGAAUAUUGCGAUGAAAAAGACAAAAGAGGCGAUAUCCUCGUCACCAGGAACACAAACACCACCACCACCACAACAACAACCGACAACAACAACAACAACACCUGCUUCAACAGUUCUAUCGACAAGCAAGGAAAUGAGAGAAUAUUAUUUGAAAAUGAGAACUAAGAGUACUUCUCUUUCUUCUUCUAAUUCGUCGUCAUCUGCUCGUGCUGAAGCCAACGCCAACAUAACAUGGGACGCACCUCUCCAUGAAGGUCUACUUAUCAUUGCCUACCUGUUAACUGGUGAUAUUCUAGAUGUUAUUGAUAUGGUAUUAUUUAACCGACAAAAGUUGAACAUCAGUUUAUCCUCACCGAUUACACCAAUUGAAGUUAAAGAAGUAUUGAGAGUGUUUCGAACUGUAUUAUAUCCAGCGUAGUGUGUGUGUGUGUUGACGUUAUCGUUGAGGACACUACUCUUCAUGCAUUUCAAUCAUGUAUAUAUACAUAUAUAUACAAAUUGUUAUAAUAGAUUCAUUUUCUAUUAAAAGAAAAU